AUGGGAUUAGUGUUUACCAGAUUGUUUUCGUCUGUUUUCGGUAACAAGGAAGCUCGAAUUCUCGUUCUCGGCCUCGAUAAUGCCGGAAAAACUACUAUUCUCUAUCGGCUUCAGAUGGGGGAAGUUGUCUCUACCAUUCCAACGAUCGGGUUUAAUGUUGAAACUGUGCAGUAUAACAACAUUAAAUUUCAAGUCUGGGAUUUAGGUGGGCAAACAAGUAUCAGGCCAUAUUGGAGGUGUUACUUUCCUAAUACGCAAGCAAUAAUCUAUGUUGUGGAUUCAAGUGACACCGAUAGGCUUGUGAUAGCUAGGGAGGAGUUCCAUGCUAUUCUGGAGGAAGAAGAACUAAAAGGUGCAGUUGUUCUCAUUUUUGCAAACAAACAGGACCUUCCUGGUGCUCUUGAUGAUGCUGCUGUGACGGAGUCUCUCGAGUUACACAAGAUUAAAAAUCGCCAAUGGUCUAUUUUUAAAACUUCCGCCAUCAAAGGCGAAGGACUUUUUGAGGGCCUUGACUGGUUGAGCAACACACUCAAAUCUGGAGGUAGCUGA